AUGAGUAACUUCAGUAGCAACAAGGACAACUCUGAAGAGAGAUAUAAAUAGAAAAAACAUAAUUUUCAUGAUCGUAGAUUCAAUAAUAACGAUAUUAGUUAAAAAAAAUCUAAACAAAUAGAUUAUGAUGAAGAAUUCAAUAAGGAUUAAAAUGUCUAGAAAUAGAUUUACUAUAAAUCUUCAGGACUUACUAAUUUUAUGAUUCUAGACGAGAUAAAGAAGGAUGUUCGCUUUCCUACAAAUAAAAUAAAUGUAGAGUUCAGAAAUAUUUAUCUAAAUAGCAUUAUGCGCUAGUUUUUUGCCUCCGAUUUAGAAUAAAAAUCUCCUACUAUGCAAGACUUCGCUUUUAAUUUUCAAAACAUGUUUUUCACCAAAUUGCUGUAUAGUGGAAUGUUUAAGAACGUUUAUUGUGGCUACGAUCUAGACCAUUUUGGUGUGCUCAACCUCAGAUUUAAUACUGAUAUUCAAGAUUCAUAUAGACUUAGGAUAGUUAGAACUUAGAGAUCUAAAAAUCAUAGAUUCGUUUCAUUAGGAGGAGAUGCUGAGCUAAAUGGUGUAUUUGGUUUUUGUGAGAAAAUUUCUUAUAACGCAGAUGUGGCUCUCUUUUUUGAUAAUUAAUUCAGACACUUUUCAAAAUAUGAAAUUUCUUUGCCUUUUAUUGGCGAUUUAGGUGCUUUAAGAGCAAACACUAGUGUGAUGAAAAGAAAGGUUGAUGAUAGCUUGCAAUAUAAAAGGAGAAGAAGAAAAUUUAUUUUUUAUCCUAACGAGUGGUAAAAUACUUGUUUUAGUUACAGCCAUAAUUCCCUCACAUAUUCAGUCUUUGAGCCAUUUAACAAUGAAACUUAAAGGCUUUACUUCUUAAGCAUGGAUUAUGGUAUCAACAAGCUUUUUAGAAACAAGUAUGCAAGAUCAUUUUUCAACUAAAUUAAUGAUGCAGCUUUCUUACAUAACAAACUACUUUAGAAAGAAUAUCAAUCAUAGCAUGAAGUUAAAAUUAAUUACUAAAUACCUGAGCAACGUUUUUAAAUAAGGCCUGGUACCAUGCUGAAAUAUUCAUAUUUUCUGCAUAACAAAUUAUUCAUAGGCAACAAUUUAGGCUUUAAAUCAUCUUUUAAAUCGAAAAUUACCUAUUUUGCAAAGAAAAAAUUUUUACUCACCUCAUAAAUUGAAACUGGAAUGUUAACUUCUUUUGAGUUGGAGGAUAGUUUAUAAAGCAGGACCUCUCUGGAAGGAGGAAGUAGUGGAGAAACAGCUAAUUUACACUCAACUUUAGAAUAAAGUUUAGGCUUUCCAGCUAUUAAUUACGAUUGUAAUAGCUUUUAUCUUUAAAAUGUACCAGGCUAUUAUUAAGCGUAUAGAGAUAAUAAGAACAUGAACUUCUAUUUUGCUAUAAAAAACAAACUCUAUUUAAGAAAAUUUAACUUCUUUGGAUUUAAGCCUUUCAUGCAUGCAAAUUUUUAUUAUGCAAAUUAACCUUCAAUACCAAUAAUAAACUGUGGGCUAGGUUUCACACGCCACUUUAAUUUAAUUGAUUCUAAAAUUGAUUUCCUCAUCAAUUCACCCAAUUUAUUAAAUUUAAAUUAGCAAGAUGAUAAAGAAUUUAGUAAAUUUUAAAUAAUAUUAAAUCCUUGA